CGUGUUAACAGGAUGUCAACUCCAGCAAGACGACGUUUAAUGAGAGACUUUAAACGGCUGCAAGAGGACCCCCCAGCUGGAGUUAGCGGAGCCCCAUCAGAAAACAAUAUCAUGGUAUGGAAUGCUGUCAUUUUUGGACCUGAGGGAACACCUUUUGAAGAUGGUACAUUCAAACUUACCAUUGAAUUCACAGAGGAAUAUCCAAAUAAACCUCCCACAGUGCGAUUUGUCUCCAAAAUGUUUCAUCCAAAUGUGUAUGCAGAUGGCAGCAUAUGCUUAGAUAUACUUCAGAAUCGUUGGAGUCCAACAUACGAUGUGUCUUCAAUCUUAACUUCAAUACAGUCUUUGUUGGAUGAGCCAAACCCUAACAGCCCGGCCAACAGCCAAGCAGCCCAGCUGUACCAGGAAAACAAACGGGAGUAUGAGAAGAGGGUUUCUGCUAUUGUUGAACAGAGUUGGCGUGACUGUUGACCUUCGCUGUUGUUGGAGUUUCAUGUGUCCAGC